CGUUUCUCGUCCCCACCGUCACCACGGCGACAUCUUCGAAGUUUUUGGAACAAGCAAAAGAUCGAACACUUGGCCGCCAUUGAUCUCUCCGCCUUCACUCUCUCACUCCCUCAUAAAAAAGCUUCAAACUUUCCAUCAACCUUUUUUCUCCGACUGUACCAUUUUUCGGAAAAGUACGAUGUCGCAGUCUGUGAACCUCUUCACCCCCUCUUCUUCUUCUUCCUCUUGCCGUUCGAACAACAGUCUCGCAAUUCCCAAACAUUUCCAGACCUCGUUUCUCAAACCAUCCUCGAUUCCAGUCGGUUACCGCCGUUUCCCGGUCGCCUCAUUCCCAAAUCUCACCGUGAAGGCUCUGUCUUCGGAUCUCGACCCGGUUUUGGUGUCCGAGAAUGGAACCGGAGGUGGGGUCGGAGGGGGAGUAUUAUCCCAUGCUUCGCCGGAGUAUACUUCGGCGGCUGUACCCGAUUUGAGCUCGAUUGAGGUCGAUACGGUGACUGAGGCUGAGCUUAAGGAAAAUGGUUUCAGGAGUACAAGGAGGACGAAGCUUGUGUGCACCAUCGGACCCGCAACUUCUGGGUUCGAGCAGCUUGAGGCUCUGGCGGUCGGAGGUAUGAAUGUGGCGAGGAUUAAUAUGUGUCACGGAACGCGGGAGUGGCAUCGGACGGUGAUUGACCGGGUGAGGAAGCUGAAUGAAGAGAAGGGUUAUGCUGUGGCUAUUAUGAUGGACACUGAAGGGAGUGAAAUUCAUAUGGGUGAUUUUGGAGGGGCUUCUUCUGCCAAAGCUGAGGAUGGUGAGAUUUGGACUUUCAGUGUUAGAGCUUUUGAUUCAACUCUUCCAGAACAUACCAUCAAUGUGAACUAUGAAGGCUUUGCUGAAGAUGUUAAAGUGGGGGAUGAACUCCUUGUGGAUGGUGGGAUGGUGAGGUUUGAAGUGAUUGAGAAGAUUGGUCCAGAUGUUAAAUGCCGAUGUACUGAUCCUGGACUAUUGCUGCCUCGGGCUAAUUUGACUUUCUGGAGGGAUGGAAGUCUGGUACGGGAACGCAAUGCCAUGCUCCCCACAAUUUCUUCCAAGGACUGGUUGGACAUCGAUUUUGGGAUUGCAGAGGGUGUGGAUUUUAUUGCCAUAUCUUUUGUCAAGUCUGCUGAAGUGAUUACUCAUCUUAAAAGCUACAUUGCUGCAAGAUCUCGUGAUAGUGAUAUUUCUGUCAUUGCAAAGAUUGAGAGUAUUGACUCAUUGAAGAACUUGGAAGAGAUCAUUCGGGCAUCAGAUGGAGCAAUGGUAGCAAGAGGAGAUUUGGGUGCACAGAUACCACUGGAACAGGUCCCAUCAGCCCAGCAAAAGAUCGUGCAAGUUUGCAGGCAGCUAAAUAAGCCAGUUAUUGUUGCCUCUCAACUUCUUGAAUCUAUGAUUGAAUACCCUACACCCACUAGAGCUGAAGUGGCUGAUGUUUCUGAAGCGGUUAGGCAGAGAGCAGAUGCUUUGAUGCUCUCUGGUGAGUCAGCUAUGGGCCAGUAUCCAGAGAAAGCAUUGGCUGUUCUCAGAAGUGUUAGCCUGAGAAUUGAGAGGUGGUGGAGGGAAGAGAAACGCUAUGAAGCAAUGGAACUUCCAGAAGUUGAUUCUUCAUUUGCAGACAGUAUUUCGGAGGAGAUUUGCAUCUCAGCUGCCAAGAUGGCUAAUAACUUAGAGGUGGAUGCACUUUUUGUCUACACGAAGACUGGACACAUGGCGUCUCUACUGUCACGAUGCCGACCUGACUGCCCAAUCUUUGCUUUUACCAGUACAACAUCUGUACGGAGACGUCUGAACCUACAAUGGGGUCUGAUACCCUUCCGUUUGAGCUUCUCCGAUGAUAUGGAAAGCGACCUCAACAAAACCUUCUCGUUGCUCAAGGCUAGAAAUUUGAUAAAAUCAGGUGACCUUGUUAUUGCUGUCUCAGACAUGUUGCAGUCCAUCCAAGUUAUGAAUGUUCCUUAAGAAAAUAAUAGCAAUCAAAUAGCUAUAUCAGUUUCUGCUGGUUCAACAAUAUGGUUGGUGGUGGAAAGAGACUCAAGAGUAAUCAUGAUGUCAAUCAAGUUUCCGUCCCUUGCCAAUCUGAACCCCUGCUUAAAUUAUGUUGUUCAUAUCGACGGUAGAGUUUGAUGAGUUUAUGCCACUUGGGUUUCUGGCUCACAUUCAUAUCCUCUAAUUUUACUUUGCUAAGGUUGAGAAAAGGAACCCCUUUUUAAGGUAAGAGAUGUAUUUCUUUCUUUUGGUUUGUUUGUUUUACUCUUUAUGUAUUGUUGUAAUCUGAUUCAAACUUAAAAGUAUCCUUUUUGAGAAUAAAUGGUUUGGAAAUUUGAUUAAAGCAAAAA